CUCUGUCUCUCCUCCUAUAGAGAUCUACUCUCUACUUCCACCUCACAUUCACAUUUUGAUCUACAGUGUGCGGCCGUCGGAUCGGGAAACAAAGUUAUUAUUUAAAUUAUAGUUAUCGUUAUAUUUGUGGCAAUGGCGCCGGAGUUGGAUGUGAAUGGCGGUGAGGUGUCAUCACCGAAGAAUCUGUUGAACGGUCAUGCCAAUGCCGACGGCUCUUACGUUUUCGUUAAUGGAAACGAUGCCGUUUCUGAUGAUCAUGUUCAAACGGAUCUCAAUUCUGAUUCAAAUUCAACUGUUGAGCUCACUGAUAAACAAUCAAAGACAAAUAAUGCUAACGAUGAAGGGGAGAAGGUUGAGGCGUCGGAAGUCCAAGAUUCUCUAAUUAGAGUUACUGAGGGUGAUGUGGAUCAGGAGAAUGAACAGUUGGAAAGUCGGUUGGGGGAUCAUGGUGUCAAUGUGGAGUGCAAUUUGAAGGCUGGUGCAGAAAUGCCGUCUGUUAAUGAUAUUGUUGUUGUGAAUGACUUGGUUGAUAGCAACGACUGCGCGCCCCAGCCAAAUGAAUCUUCCGAAAAGAUAGAAAUCUCUGCAGAUGCAGCCGGUGAGAUUCCUGUGACUGAUCCCCCAGGGGAACUUGGCCCAGAAGCAGCUUCAGGUCCUGUGGCUGAUGCUAACUUGGAAACUCUUGUUGUUAGUGAUCCUGCCCCAGAUGAAACUGAACAUGCUCAGGAGACUGUUGUUGUUAAUGACUUGGUUUGUGACAGUCAGGAAACAACAACAGUCCAACUAAAUACUACUUCUGAGAUUGCUAACGGAACCCUUCCUGAUGUUCCUGUCAGCAUCAAUGAGACAACAACAGAACCUGACGCCCCUGCCACCAUCAGUGAGACAACAACAGAACCUGAUGCCCCUGCCACCUUCAGUGAGACAACAACAGAACCUCCGGCUUCUACCAUUGAUGGAAAUCUUGCAUCCACAGAAACAGAAGCCCCAAAAUUGGAUAUGGGAAAUAUGGUAGACAAUGAAGUUGAGAAUGGUUCUGUUAGAACUGAUGAAUCGAGACCAGAAACUGAAACUGGAAUUCCUUCUAUGGUGUCAGAAGAGAAAGCAUCAAUUUUGACAAGUGAUGACUCCAACCUAAAAUCCAAAGUCUUGGAAGGAGUUACUCAAUGUGUUGACAGCCAGAUCAUCCCUAUUGACAAUGCAGCCGUAGAAUCCAGUAUAAGUGGCUCCGAAGAAAAAGAAAGCAGCUUGCCUACAUGUCCAGGUGCUGAUGUGACAGCAGGGUCUGAAAUUGAAAACAUAUCUGCUGUGAGUUGCACAGAAAUGCCUGUUGCAGAUGUUUCUGAAUCUGAGGUUCAUAGUGGAUCUGUAGAAACUACCUGUCCAGGUGCUGAUGUGGAAGCAGGGUCUGAAAUCAAAAAUAGAUCCGUUGUGAGUUGCACAGACAUGCCUGUUGACAAUGUUGUUGUUUCUGAAUCCGAGGUUCUGGACCCAGAAGUUGUACAUGUUGAAAAUGGGGGAAUUCAGUCCACUGGUGAAGAAGUACAGGACAAUCAGGAAAUGCAGUUCCCUCGUGGACUAAGUGAAGAGAUUGGUGAUAGAACAUGUCCAGAAGUCGAAGAAAAGGGGACUGGUGAAGAAGAAGCCGAGGAAAAGGGGAGUGAAGAUAUUGAUGUUAAAAUAUUUCAAAAAGUAGAGGAAAAGGGGAAUGAAGAGUUUGAUGAUAAAACAUGUCAAGAAGCAGAGGAAAAUGGGAGUGAAGAGGUUGAUAAUAAAACAUGUCAAGAAGCAGAGGAAAAUCGGAGUGAAGAGAUUGAUGAAAAAACAUGUCAAGUAGAGGAAAAGGGGACAUGUCAGGUAGAGGAGAAGGGGACUGAAGAGAUUGAUGUAAAAACAUGUCAAGAAGAAGAGGGAAGGGGUAGUGAAAAGAUUGAUGAUAAAACGGGAGAAAUUCAGUUCGACAAUGAAGGGAGUGAUGAUAAAACAUGUCAAGAAAAGGUAAAAAUUCAAGAAGCGGAGGAGUUAACUGGUAAAGAAAAGGUGGAAGAAGUGGAGGGGUUAACUGGUGAAGACAGGGAUGAUAAAAUUUGUCAAGUAGGGGAGGAAAACGAAAAUGUAGAAAUUUGCUUUGGAGACCAUGGAGCUUCUCAAGAAGUGGAGAGCAUUGAUGGGACCCAUAGGGAUGAGACACUAACAUCUACCCCAGAAGGUUCAACUGCUGAUGCUUCUGAAAUGCAGUAUGCCGGUGUUGAGGUGGUGAAAAGACCAUUUUACUUCUUGGUGAAGGUUCCAAGAUAUGAUGAUGAAAAUUUAAGGGAACAAAUCAAAUCUGCUCAGUUAAAAGUUGAUGAGAAAACUCAAAGUCGGGAUGUUAUUCGUGCUGAAAUCCAAAGGAUAAGGGAUACUUACAAGAAAUAUGGUGAUAACAUAGAAGCUGCUGUUCUAGAAGAGAAAGCUGCACGAGAAUUGCUCAAAUCCAAACGCCAGGAAAUAGAUUCUCUUCAAGCCAUCAUUAACAAGGUGAAGAAUGCAAUUUCUGUAGAGGAUAUUGAUGGCAGGAUACGUAAUAUGGAGCACAAGAUUGCACAUGAAACUCUUCCACUGAAGGAAGAAAAGCAGUUUAUUCGUGAUAUUAAGCAAUUGAAGCAACUUCGUGAACAGUUUUCUUCUAGUAUGGGUAAGCAGGAUGAUGUUCAGCAGGCUUUUGACCAGAAAGACCAAAUCGAAGAACGCUUGAAGUUGUUGAGGAAGGAGGCGGAUUCACUCAGAGAGAAUGUUCUCAAAGCUGAAGCUGCCACUCAAGCUGCCAAAAAGAAACAGAAAAAUGAAAGUGAAAGGCUGAAGAAAUUUUAUGCUGAAUUUAAUGUUGCAGACGAAAUUCGCCAAGAAGCAUAUAAGCAUUUUCAGAGUUUGAGGAAACAAGCAUAUGAUAAGAACAAAUACUUCUGGAAGUACAAGGAUGAUAUAAAGCAAGUUAAUGAUUUACUUUCAAAAGGAGAUAAAGAGGGACUCCAACAUCUGUGUGUUAACCAGGUGGAGAGAGUGUUGGAACUGUGGAACAGCAACAGCGAGUUCCGUAAAGAAUAUGUGAAUAGCAACAUUAGAAGCACACUUAGAAGACUGAAGACAUUGGAUGGUCGUUCACUCGGUCCUGAUGAGGAGCCACCUGUAGUUCGCUCCUUCGUAAAUAACAGAGUGACCAAGGAUAAUUCUGUGUCCCAGAUUUCAACUCCUCAAGAAGUAAAGACAGAACAAAUUGUGCCAGUGAAAUCUGAAAAUAAGGAUGACAAGCCUAUUCCUAUAGUUGGGGAACAAAAGAGUCAGACGGCUAAAUCUAAAAGGCCUGCAAAACCAACUCAUUCAGCUAAUGGCCUGGCAACUGUUUCUGGUAGGGAUGAGAUUGAAGAGGAAAGAGAUGAAGAGCCUAAGCGCACAAAGGAGGAAGAGGAAUUGGCCAGGAAGGCAGAGGAAUUGAGAAAGGAAGAGGAAGGAGCCAGGUUGAAAGAGCAACGUCGGUUAGAGGAGAAGGUAAAGGCGAAGGAGGCUUUGGAGAGGAAGAAACGAAUUGCUGAGAAGGCCCAAGCCAGGGCUGUGCUUCGAGCUCAAAAGGAAGCUGAACAGAAAGAGAAGGAAAAAGAAAAGAGAGCAAGGAAGAAGGGAAAAAGAAAAACGGCUGCAACAGACGAUUCUGAUCUAAUGAACGAAGGAGAAUCUGCUGCAAACGCGGAAACUCUCGUGGAAACUCCACAAUCUUUUGAAAUUAAAGAGAAGUCACUGACAGUGACAAAGAGGCCCCAAAAAGCAUCACAAUUCACAAAACAGAGCAAGGCAAAAUCUGUCCCGCUGCCUCUUCGAAACAGGGGUAAGAGAAGGAUGCAGACAUGGAUGUGGGUAGUGAUUUCAGCUCUUCUUGUUGUUGCCUUGUUUUUGUUGGGGAACAGCAGCUUCCCAUCUAAAUUUGGGGUGAAAGGGUUUGGUUUCUAAAUUAAUAUGCAUAUUAACUAGGCAAAUGGUGUGAUGUUUACAUAGAUAUGUAGGCAAGCAAUUCUUUUGUGCUCUUCUCAGGUUUGCUUUCUCUUAGUCCCCAUUCCAUUAUUAUAAGUGCCAUUUUCUUUAACACAAGCACAUAGAUUGGGUUUCUGUGCUACCAUUAUAUGAACAAAAUUUCUUGGGUAUUGCUUCCAUUUAGUAUUACAUUUAUAUUUAUUAUUAAAUAUAAUAAUCAUGAUGAUUUAUUUUUCUCU